AUGGAUAUAGUAGGAGGAGACAAUAGUUGUGGCGAGGGCAAUGGUUGUAAUAGUGGUAGUGGUGGUGGUUGUAAUGGUGGUGAUGGUAGCAGGAAUGGUGGUUGUGUUAAUAGCAGGAUGUGGUGGUUGGGGUGUGGAGGUAAUAAUGAUGCUAAUGGUGGUGGUAACGCCAGUGGUGGCAGUUGUGGUUGUGGCGGCAGUGGUGGUGGUUGUUGUUAUAGUGGAGGUAACAAUGAUGCUAGGAACGGUGGUAGUGCUAGUGGUGGCGGUUGUGGUUGUGGUGGUGGCGGCGGCGGUGGCAUCAAUGAUGGUAGUGACAAUGGUAGUAGUGGCGGUUAUGGUUAUGGUGGUGGUAAUGAUGUUGAUAGUAUAAGAUGCAUCGCAAUUUCCAAGAGUAAUAAUUAUGAGAGUAGAAAACUAGCCAAUUUACCAUUUGCAUUACCGUAG